UGUGAUACAAAACACAACUGCGAUAAAGAGGAAGACUGGCUAUCGAGUCACGAGUAAUUCUUGAUCUUUGAACUGUUUUCUUGUAACUUCUCCACCUUUGAAACCCCAAAGAACAAAGAGAACUUCAAAAAUAACUCCCAAGCUAUUAAGCUAUCCAAGGUGUUUCAAGGACACUUCAAGUACAGCGCUGUGGCUUUUUUCAUCCGGAUACUUCAACUGGAGACAGAAAAAAAUCUGACGAUUCUUCAGUUGAAGUCCGCGGUUUUUGCCCCAAAUUGAAAUGAAGAAACAGGUCCUCUAACUUAGAGGUCUUUUCUUUACAUUGUAAAGCUAUAAUUCAAGAUUUGAUAGAUAUAAAGAGACAUGGAUCGGAAAUCAUCCUGGGUCGUGAAUUAUUUCUCAAUCGGAUGAUAAAAGAUGGAUGGGACUAGUCUUGAUAAUGAAGAACAAAUAUUUUACGAUACGGUGCGAGAAUAUGUGAUUGCCUUCUUAGUCUUUGUUAUACUUAACAGUAUAUCAUAUAUCAUCAUCAGCCACUUCCGUAGACGAAGAGAUGAGCUUGAUUCAGAUGGUGAAGAUGCAUCAGUUUACAGAAUAUCACUAUGGUUAUGUACCUUCACUCUCUCGGUAUCACUAGGUGCAGUCCUGCUGUUACCCAUGUCUAUCCUCAGUAACGAGAUACUCCUGAUGUACCCCAAGAGUUAUUACAUUAAAUGGCUGAAUGGAUCACUCAUUCAUGGCAUGUGGAACCAGAUAUUUCUGGGCUCUUAUAUCUCUUUAUUUGUUGCCAUGCCUUUUGCAUACUUCUUCACUGAGUCAGAGGGAUUUGCAGGGUCAAGAAAGGGUAUUAUGGCAAAGGUGUACGAGACAUCAGUAGUGUUAUUUCUUCUUGCCGUCCUGGUCAGUAGUAUAGUGUUGGUGGUCUCGGCUUUGUUGGAUAAAGGAUGGGCUGUUAGUCAGUCAUCUCAUUAUCAUGAUGCAUGGAUCCCUGGUCUACCUUUUAUCUACUCCUGUAUAUCACUUCUUGGUGGUCUGAUGCUGUUAGUUUGUACACCAGUUGGGUUUGCCAGGAUGUUUACAGUACUUGGCCAGUAUGUUGUCAAACCACAGUUCAUGAGAGACCUUGAUGAUGAAAUUUAUGCCAUACAAAUGGAGGAAGCAAGUUUAAAGAGAAAGUUAAACGGUUUCAAGAAUGGCUGGGCAGUUCAUAAUGGCAGAUCAGAAGACUAUGAGAACUAUGACAAACUGAAACUACUAGAGUCAGAACGUAAAGAACUAGAGCACCGUGCUAAAGCAUCAUCUCUCCAAAGGAACUGUGUUUAUCCCAUCUUGUUACUUGUGCUCCUACUACUAACGACAAGUCUUAUGGCCAUGGUUGCACUUCACUUUCUCGCUGUUCUGUUCGUUGAUGGUUCGCUACCCAGACGAGCUACGGUUCUGGUGUUGGGGAAGGAGUCAGCAUCGAUGUUGGGUACAUUUGGCGCUUUGCUGGAAAUCGUACUCAUAUUUUACCUGAUGCUUGCGUCACUAGUAGGUCUUUACAGUGUACCCUUGUUUGCCAGGCUCACUCCAUCACCACGGGACACGCCCAUGACUAAGGUCAUCGCUAACUGUAUAGUGUUACUCAUUCUAAGCUCAGCGCUACCCGUUCUCUCUAGGACUCUAGGAAUAACUAACUUCGAUUUGAUGGGCGAAUUCGGUCGUAUCGACUGGCUUGGUAGUUUUCGUCUUGUCAUCUUCUAUAACGUUUGGUUUGAAGUGGCUACGGCCUUCUGUCUGGUCAACAAGUUCACUGCUGCUGUCCGAAACGCGCUGUUUGAACAAGUUAGAUUUCCUGCUAUGUUGUUUUCUCGCAGACUUCGAAGUAAGAGUAAAACGUCGCCGUAAAGGCACGAAAGCUGUGGAAAAAUUUGGCCUAUUUGCUAAAACGAAGGCUUCCAAGCUACUAGUCGGUGAAGAAUAUUAAUGUUGAUCAUUCAUAAAAGGAAACGCAUGCGCAGUGCAUCCAAACGCUAUUUUAAAACACCUUUUAUUACAUCGUACCUCACCAAGUUCCUUGGAUUUUGAUUAGCCUGCGUGGCGGCUCUAGAAAAUAGUACUUCGAAAGCAUUUGUAGCGGCCAAAGGAGAUAGGCGAUAAGGAAUGGAUAGGUCAUUCCAAAGGCCAAAAAUAAGUGGAAUAACUUAUGUUUCUUAUUAUUACUCUCGUCAAGAACACGGAGGUUAGUGUUGACUGGAGAUAUUCAGUGUUGCUUGUAGUUUACGAAGCCAUCUUAACCUCGAUUAGCUUCGACUAUUCGUGUUUACACGUGCCCAUAAUUGCAUUUUUUGAAAUAGUGUAGAUGUAUGUCUAGAGACCCCUAAUAGCAAGAAGUGUUAGAGUGCACGCACUAAAUCCGUGAACAUUAAAUAGUACUAAUUAGUACUAUUUCAUACAGAAUCCUUUGUUCUCUAUUGUUUAUUUAUCACCAUUUAGUACUAAAAGUUAGCAUUUGUUUCAGGGGUUUAGUGCGUGCACUCUAAACAGAGUGUAUAUUGGAAAUACUGUGGGUACAUCCUGGUUCAGUGAUCAAGGGCAAAGCAGUCUAGCCAAACUGAUUUUAUUUCCUCCAAGUUAAGGUUUUAAACUUCAUCCUUCCCGCGGUGCCGUGCGCAAUCAACCUGACUGCUUUGCAUCUGACGAUAAGCCAGAAUAGAGUCGAAUACACCGAUAAAUCUUUUAGCAUCAGUUGUAAUUUAGUAAUUUCGAGUAUCGUGGUAUUUCUUGUAAAUACUAGAGAUUUUUAUUUUGUAUCACGCUUGUAUUCAUAGGCGUAGAAUUUCAUUACCAUGCGUUACCCACGUGCCCAGUCAUCCUAUUUUGGUUAGGUUAUUUACUAUACACUACCUUCCUCCGUGUUAGUGAUUCCACAUACUUAGACACUGUUAGUUACCUUUGGAUUAUUAGUCUGAUUAUUAGAUUUUGUUACAAGGAUAGAGUAGAACUGAAUCAAUGAAUAGUCCCUUUCACAGUUCCCUGCGCCAUCUUGAAAGGUGGUCAUACCUUUGCAUCGAAGCGAGACGAACGGUGAGCUUGCAAUGACAGAGACCUUUUUUUAUCACCUUGGUCAAUUAUUCAUAUGUCUCUAUCACUGCAAGCUCACUGUUUGUCUCGCUUCGAUGCAAAGGUAUGACCACCUUUCAAGAUGGCGCAGGGAACUGUGAAGGGGACUAUUACAAACUUUGGAAGUGAAAGUUCACAUUGACUAAUUUUUGGAUCGCAACCCUAGCCCAGGAAUAAAGACAGGUUUAUUCUGUGGCUAAGCUAGAAUGCACUGCUUUUGUUAAACUAAAAAAACGUGCGAGCGCUGACUAUAUUUUUGAUAAGCUACAAACCUUUAUAUAUAACAUAAAGCAUUGAUAAAUAUCUAAUGAUUAACUAGCUUGUUUAUAAUUAUUAGUAUUAUGCAUAUGAUAGAUUGAGACCAAGUUCAAACGUUGAGCUUCAUGAGCCGAACUUAAAGACAUCAAAGAUGACUGCCUUGUCCAUUGUUUCAAUUGGGUUCGGCUCAUGUGAAGUUCAACGUUUAAACCGAGUCUGAAGGCAUUUAACCCGUGAAAUACUAAAUAAUUUACAGCAUGAAUAGCCAAAUAGACACCAAAUAGACACCACCGAACUUAAAGACAUCAAAGAUGACUGCCUUGUCCAUUGUUUCAAUUGGGUUCGGCUCAUGUGAAGUUCAACGUUUAAACCGAGUCUGAAGGCAUUUAACCCGUGAAAUACUAAAUAAUUUACAGCAUGAAUAGCCAAAUAGACACCAAUAAGAAAACAUUGGAAUUGGAGUCUACCAAUGUGUUUUAGUCUAAUAUCUACAGUAUUUCACGUGGUUUAGUGACUUCACUCUACGAGGAGAAAUAAGUUAUUUCUGUAUAAAACGAUCGACAAAAGCUGAA